AUGGCAGAACUUGGAAACAGAGACAAAGUCAGCGUGAUACACGACGAAGCACGAGAUAUGGACAAGCCAAGAGAUGCAACGAUCACUGUCUCGCGGAAGAUAGAGUCCAUCAUUAGGAAGAAGAUCGACCGCCACAUGCUUCAUCUAGUUUGUGUCCUUUAUGUUUUGUCUUACUUGGAUCGCGGCAAUAUAGGAAAUGCUAAAACUGCAGGAGCACAAGAUGAUCUCCGUUUGAACGAUUCCCAGGUUUGCGAACGCCUGUAUCAUAUAUUCAGAUAUUUCUAG